UUGACUCUAAUUUUUUUUUUCAUUGUCGCGCCAUCAGACGACCCUACUCUGCAAGAGCUCACUGUGUUCGAGAGAGAUGGAGGCUCGGAUCGAGCUGGAGGAAUGGCGGGGAUCAUCGUCGGCGAAGCUCUCCAGGACGGCAGUCCUCACCGCUGAUUCCUCCUCUAUCGCUCUCACACGGUAUGGAAGCCGAUGGAGCGAGGUUCGUAGAAAGAUUCUCGAAGCGUUUGUCCCAGAGGGAUACCCAGGCAGUGUAACACCUGAUUAUCUUCCAUUUCAAGUAUGGGAUUCUUUACAGGGGCUUUCCACUUACAUACGAUCUAUGCUGUCUACACAAGCUCUUCUAAGCGCCAUUGGUGUUGGUGAGAAAUCUGCCACUGUCAUUGGAGCCACAUUUCAGUGGUUUUUGAGAGAUUUUACUGGAAUGCUUGGUGGUAUCUUAUUUACCUUCUACCAGGGCUCUAAUCUUGAUAGCAAUGCGAAGAUGUGGCGGUUAGUUGCUGAUUUUAUGAAUGAUUUAGGGAUGUUGAUGGAUCUUGUAUCUCCUUUGUUUCCAUCAGCUUUGAUUGCAAUAGUAUGCUUUGGGAGUUUGUCAAGAUCUUUCACUGGUGUUGCUAGUGGAGCCACUAGAGCAGCAUUAACACAACACUUCUCACUUGAGAACAAUGCAGCAGAUAUUUCUGCAAAGGAGGGCAGUCAAGAGACACUUGCAACAAUGAUGGGUAUGGCAUUUGGAAUGCUUCUUGCUCAUGUUACACGAGGGCAUCCUCUUGCAGUCUGGAUAUCAUUUCUAUUGCUUACAGUGUUUCAUAUGUAUGCAAAUUAUAAAGCUGUUCGCUGUCUCUCUCUGAAGACGCUAAAUAAUGAAAGGAGCUCCCUCCUUCUGCAGUGCUUCAUGGAAACUGGUCAAGUCCUGUCUCCGCAGCAGGUUUCAAGCAUGGAGCAUGUCUUCCCCGCUUGGUUUUGGUCAUGGAGCUCAAGUCAUACUGCUACACUGUACAGGCACAUAACCUUAGGUGUUAAGGUGUCAAGUUUAAAGCAUUCUGAUGCAAUGGAGCUUGCAGGAUCAGCAAGUUUACACUACAAGAAAGUUAAUUAUUUGUUACUGGAAAGAGAUGGACAUAUUCAAGUAAUCAUUCACAAGCAAUCAACACCACAAGAUAUAUUACAGUCUUUCAUUCAUGCACUUGUCAUACUAAAACUCUUGGACAAAGCCAAGGCUGUGCACAUUGAGAGCAGACAAUGGAUGGAUAAUAACUAUACUGUUUUCCUUGCAAAGCUGCGUUCUGCUGGAUGGUCGACAGAGCGCCUUCUCUCGCAUUCCAUUGUUUGGAGAGCGCAUUGGGUUCAUGAUUUCUCCGACGAUAAGAUUAACUAGAUAUACAACACUUUCACUGAAGUUGUGGAUUCAUGUGGAAAUCAUCAGACAGACUUAAGAAAUGGGUAAUUUGUUCAACUCUAUAAUAAUAUGAUUCUUUAUUAUGAGCUUAUGUGUUUUUGUUAGAUUAUUUAAAUUCGACUUUGAGAUUAGUUUUAUCUUAAUUAUUUGAGUUUCAAAUGGAUGAAGAAUUUAUUUUAGGGGAAUAUGAACAUUGUUAUCUAUAUUUACAAUUGUUACUAUGAUUAUUGUCCAAUUUGGGUGUGUUUAGAAUAAAAUAAAAUAAGGGGAAAAAACAAGUGGAAAAAAUUGGGAGAUAACAUGGAAAUAUUCUAGCUUCAUUUAGGAAUGGCAA